UGUAACUUGAGGAUAAUGCUGGCACCCAGCUCCCAGGAUGUUGGGAGACCCCAGUCAACUAUUAGCUAUGUUUCCUCUCUCAUAAAAAAGAAACCGACCCAGGCUAGAAAGGGGCUCGGAGGCAAGAAAGGGGGUUUGGGAGCCCAGAAAGUGAGCGGCUCCAGCUUCAGUGACAUUGAGAAGCAGGCCCAGGCGGUGGAGAAGAGGAAGGAGCAGGAGGACCUCCAGGCCCCCAAAGAAGAGUCCAUAGUCUCCUCAUUGCGACUGGCCUACAAGGAUCUGGAGAUUCAAAUGAAGAGAGAUGAGAAGAAUUUUAGCGGGAAAAAGAAAAUCGAAUCGGAGAGACUUGGCAUGGGGCUUGGGAACGCCAGAAGUGGAAUUUCCCACUCCGUGGUCUCAGACAUGCAGACCAUAGAACAGGAGACGCCCAUUCUGGCCAAACCGAGAAAGAAGUAUAGCGACGGCAAAGACGAUUCCUAUUUCACUUCAUCCAGUACCAGGUAGCACAUUAAAAUUGUGAUUGUGGAGGCUAAGGACUCUAGGCCGGCUCAUUGCAUGACACAGACAGACAAGUUUCCCUUUUUCUGGCCUUCCCGGAGUACCUGGGCAGGUGGAAGGCCUGCUCCUUAGCUUGUUGGGUUCAGGAAGUAAAGUUUUUUAGCUUCCCCAGACAUUGUCCAAGUCAUAGGGACCAGUUUGAACCAAAAAAAAAAAUUCACAAAGGAUUGAUUUAUCAAGCAAAAUGAGAGCUUAUUCAUUUAUUGUAGGGGAUUCCAUUUGGCAAAAAUAGCUGGCCCCAGGGAUUGAUACAACACUUCUGAGAUCAGUUUACACAUUGGAAACCUACGUGGGAAGAAGUGUAAAAUCGGGGCAUGGUGCAGUGUCCCAAGGUAUUUCCUUUCAUGGUUUUAUGGUUACAAAUACAUGUAUCGAUGGCAAAUUGUAACCAUCCUUCUGUGACUUGGGCUCACAUGAACUGAUGCCCCAUUCUAGAGACUGGUCCCAAUAUCUGGUGACCCAAGGGCCCUUCCCCAGCCUGGCCCUCUCCUCUGGACACUCCCUGGGUCGUUGCUACCUUCCUAAACGGAGGGGCCUUGAACUGAUCACCACUCUCGGGCGCCGUCCCUAGGAACGCAGUCCAAUGGCGCCUGCUCCGUUGUGGAGGCGCCAUACAAGGGCUGCCUCCGGUGAGCUGGGCGUCCACUCGGACUCCGGAGUCUCCCAAAGUGGUCACUGCCAGAUCGUGCCUUCCCUUCCUAUGGACAAGCUGAUUUUGGCCUCCACUUCCUGUACCCCUCCCCAAUACCCUUCACCGGCUUCCUCGGCUCCACCAGAUGCUUGGCUGUGACAGGGAGCCCGGCUCGGGCCCACGCCGCAAAGUGCCGGGCUCCCCCGCCCUGGGAAGGAGGCUUGGUGGUCGGCCCCGCAGACGUUGGCUUGUUGUUACCAUCCGUUGCUGGUGGAGGUCCCGAGAACCAGGCUCUGUUCUCCUAAUCUGGGGAAGGUCCCGGCCCGGUCGGGCUGGGGGGAGAGCCAGCUUCCUCUGCAGUCCCUCCAUAUUCUUUGAGCAGCUCUCACUGCGUCCAAAUAAUUCAUUAGCCCAUUAAUACUAGAAUGUUAUGAAUUAUGGAAGGGCUUUUGAGAGGUUUCUAUUUUAAAAUGGGAUCGACGUCAUCCUUAGUUUUCACUUGAACUUAUCCUCUGAGUUUCAGAAAAUAAAAGAUCAAAUUAUCUAUGGUGCAGGA